UAUUGCCGCGUCAGCACAAAACCUUUGGCCGAACUUUGAACCCUUCCGCGGCGACUGUUCGCCCACUCAGUUUCAGUCGGGUUGAGGAAGGAGGAGGAGCAGGAUAAGCGGCAAGUAUGUCUUCCGUAAUUCAGCGGCAACAACUCCGCCGUGACGUAUAGUAGAUACAUGGCUGCGUGUCGGCCUCGGCUAGUCGACUGCCUACCCCGCCAUCGCUCGCUGUCUGUAAUGCUGCAGGAGGACCACCAGGCGGACGUCCGGUUCUUCAGUCCCCCGCCCAGUCCUCUCAAGAACUCGGUACUAGAGCCGGAGACUUUCGCCAGGUCGCCGUUCAUCAUCGGAGUGGCUGGCGGGACAUCCUCGGGGAAGACCUCGGUAUGUCGGGACAUCGUGAACCAGCUGGGAGAGAUAGUGGUCAACACUCAGAUGAGGAGGGCUGUGAUGGUGAGCCAGGACUCUUUUUACCGCGAGCUCAACACCGGAGAGAGGGCCUUAGCCGAACGUGGACAGUUCAACUUUGACCAUCCUGAUGCAUUUGACACUGAGCUGAUGAAGCAGACAUUCAUGGAGAUUGUGGAGGGUAAAGUGGUGAAGAUUCCAGUCUACGACUUCAAGACCAGCUCCAGCAGCUCAGAGGUGCGUACAAUUGAAUCUACUGACGUGAUUCUAUUUGAGGGAAUUCUCGUUCUCUACGAUCGCGAAAUGAGAGACUUGAUGCACAUGAAACUAUUCGUCGACACAGACAGCGACACACGUCUAGCAAGAAGAGUUGUAAGGGACAUCAGAGAGAGAGGGCGUAACCUGGAUCAGGUUUUGGACCAGUACACGAAUCUGGUCAAACCUGCUUUUGAGGAAUUUACUCUCCCGGUGUGUUUCUGGAGACCUCAUUGUUUGGCCAUAAAUGUGAUAGUUCAGCACAUCAGGGAUAUCCUAAUGGGAAACAUCAGCUACAGAGACCCCAUCAGAGAGAGUCAUUGUAAGUACUGCAGACUGCACCCAAUGGAGCGAUUAGUGGCCAGUAAACCGAGGAGGACGCGGAUUUGUGCAAACUUCGAAAAACCUGCCGCGCAGCUGCCUCGCCGCGGGAGAGGGUACGCCGUGAGAGGCGAACGGCGGACGCAGAACGUUCCCCAAGCCUGUGGGAGAGAAGCCUCGUUGACCAGUGGGAGCGUUCCGUACAGGGAUGAGGUGUCUGGGAAUGGUGCUAGAAGAGGGAGGAGAGGGAGUUCUGCGAGUGUGGGGAGAGGGCGUGGGGUGAGGGAGAGGACGCCAACAUGGGGUGGGGUACAAAUGGGGAGAGGGAGGAACGUGGAGACAGAGCAGGGUGUUGGAAGAGGGCCGAUUCAGCACCCGGCCAGCAGAAAACCGGUGAAGAGAGAAGAGGACAGAGCUAGAGAAACAGACAGUGCAGAGUUGGUCGACAGUCGUGUCGAGAGACUGGGCCGCUACUUAUCAAACAGACUCAACAUGGACUCUGAUUCCGACGAUGAAAUUGGUGGGUUUAUGUUGGGUGAGGACGACGGUGCGGCACUCAUCGAUGUUUCUUCGGGGGACUGCGUCACAGACCUAUUACCCAGGCUCCCUGCAACGGCUGUGAAGGCCCACUUCACGUCUUUGAAAACAGACGUUGCAGUGUAUUGUACUGCGGAGUCUAGCGCUGGAGGGGUUGGCAGGGGGGAAGCAGCUAGUGCUUCAAGGAGUCCUGAUUUUGAUGAUGCCAGUGUCCAAUUUGGGGAUGGGACAGGCCUGUUUGAAUACGACUGUUCUGAUCUGACAGUGAAGAACCACGGGCCAGUCGGAGGAGGAGAAACGGAGAAGAGGGGAGUUUCGGUUGGAAGAAGAGUUGAAUUGGUGUCAGAAGACGAUGGGUGGAAUUCCGAGGACAGUGAUUUUUGUUCAAACUUUCCGUCUCACCCAGCCGUGGAAACCCCAAACCUCCCGUCGUACGCGAUGUACGAAGACGACGUUUGGGUGGACGAGGUGAAAGCAGUGUUUGCUAAACACAAGAAAGACGACAGCAAAGAGCUUCGGGAACUCCUGGCGGAAAUGUUCUCCAUCCACACCGACGUGUACGCUCUCAUCCUGGCGUUUGUGAGACGAGCGGGGAGGACACGACACCCGCCAAAGUCGCCAGCCAGAUUAGCUCUUGCGCAAUUCAAGAGGUGGCUGAAGGAGAGGGAGAUGGGUCAGGGGAAGGAAAACCAGUCCAAAGAAACACUUCAGAAUCCUCCAGUACUGCGCGAGUCCCACCAGGAAGAAGUCCUGUCACUCAUGACCGACACUCAUCUGAACAUGAUGGACGAGCUCUGCCAGGUAUUCAGACUCCGCUCCGCUGACACGGACCUCCUCAUCGAUCUGGUCCACAGACUACUGGCAGAAGAUAAGAUGAAAGAGGCUGUGACGUACGCGUGGACGUUUCGUAUCCAGUCUCACUUCGGUCUGGAGGAGAUGCUCCUGCCUCUCAUUGCCAUGGACAAAAUCAAUCUCAUUGAAAAGUUGGUGUAG